AUGGAAGCUUUCAUCAAGCAGAACAUCGAUCUCCUCAUUAUUGAACAACAGUCCUCCUCACAGAAUAACAGUCCUCCAAACAUAAAAAAGUCCUCCUCACAAAACAACAGUCCUCCUCACAGAACAACAGUCCUCCAAACAGAACAACAGUCCUCAACACAGAACAACACAACAGUCCUCCUCACAGAACAACAGUCCUUUUCACAGAACAACACAACAGUCCUCCUCACAGAACAACAGUCCUCCACACAGAACAACAGUCCUCCACAUAGAACAACAGUCCUCCACACAAAACAACAGUCCCACACACAGAACAACAGUCCUCCUCACCGAACAACAGUCCUCCUAAAGGAACAACAGUCCUCCACACAAAACAACAGUCCUCCACACAGAACAACAGUCCUCCUCACAGAACAACAGUCCUCCACACAGAACAACAGUCCUCCACACAGAACAACAGUCCUCCUCACAGAACAACAGUCCUCCUCACAGAACAACAGUCCUCUUCACAGAACAACAGUCCUCCACACAGAACAACAGUCCUCCUCACAGAACAACAGUCCUCCUCACAGAACAACAGUCCUCUUCACAGAACAACAGUCCUCUUCACAGAACAACAGUCCUCCUCACAGAACAACAGUCCUCUUCACAGAACAACAGUUCAACACACAGAACAACAGUCCUCCACACAGAAGAACAGUCAUCCACAUAGAACAACAAUCCAUUCAUCCACAUAGAACAACAGUCCUCCUCACAGAACAACAGUCCUCCACACAGAACAACAGUCCUCCUCACAGAACAACAGUCUUCCUCACAGAAAAACAGUCCUCCACACAGAACAACAGUCCUCCACACAGUACAACAGUCCUCCUCACAGAACAACAGUCCUACUCACAGAACAACAGUCCUCCUCACAGAACAACAGUCCCACACACAGAACAACAGUCCUCCACACAGAACAACAGUCAUCCACAUAGAAAAACAAUCCGUGUGAAGUCCUCCACACAGUACAACAGUCCUCCACACAGAACAAACGUCCUCCUCAAAGAAAAAAGUCCUCCACACAGAACAACAGUCCUCCACAUAGAACAACAGUCCUCCUCACAGAACAACAGUCCUCCACACAGAACAACAGUCCUCCACACAGAACAAAAGAACUCCUCAAAGAAAAAAGUCCUCCACACAGAACAACAGUCCUCUACACAGAACUACAGUCCUCCUGCCCAUCUAGGACCGAGUCUUAAAUUCAUCAUAAGAGAAAUCUAG